UCCAACCUGCCCUGUCCAUCGUGCAACCACUUACAACUCGCAAGACAUUGCUAGCUAGCUGCCUAGUUCCUCCGUUUCGUGCGCACGCUAGCUCCUCCUCUCUAGCCUCAGCCAUGGCGUCCCGUUCAGCUCUGGUCGCCCUGCUCGUCGUCGUGAGCUGCGCCUCAGCGGCCUCGGCGGAGACGUUCACCGUCGGUGAUAGCCAGGGGUGGGCGACCGGCGUCGACUACACCAUCUGGACUAGUGGCAAGACCUUCGCGGCCAACGACACGCUAGUGUUCAACUUCGGCACCGGGCAGCACACGGUGGACGAGGUCUCCAAGAGCGACUACGACACUUGCUCUUCCAGCAACACCAUCAACACCGUGAGCACCGGCCCGGCCACCAUCACCCUCGCCCCGGGCACCCACUACUACAUCUGCGGCAUCUCCGGCCACUGCGCCAGCGGCAUGAAGCUCGCCGUCAACGUCGGCUCGGGCUCCGGCUCCCCCGCGACGCCCGCGACGCCCGCCACCCCCGGGACUCCCAGCACCCCCACCGCCUCCACCCCGACCGGCGCGUCCGCGCGCCUGCAGGCCGGACCUGCCCUUGCCGUGGCUGCUGGCGUCCUCUUCAAGCUCGCCCUGUUCUGAUCGUCGACGUCGUUGUUGAGACGAUGGCGGCCCUGCCAUGAUCGUGGCCAGUGAAGAGGCAGUGCAGAAUUCUUGAGCAUUUUCUGACGGCCGGCAUGUACGUACGUUUCCACGGUAGAGUAGUUGGUUUCGUGAUGUUAUUAUUGAUGCUUUGUUAUUGUUUCGCUUGUGUUCAUUGUGACUUUGCGAGUGUACUAGUUUGUGUCUUGUAAUUUCUUUCUUUUCUCUCCAUGGUCCCAUGGAUAUUAUUUGUAUGACUUUGCUGUGACAUUAUCAUCUCUAAAUUACUA